UGGCAGCAGCCAAAGUUGCAUGCAUUUUGUGAAUCCAAAGGAAUACAUAUAUCUGGAUACUCUCCACUAGGCUCACCAGGGAAUCUGAAAAGUGACAUUCUUAAGAAUCCUGUUGUCGUAGAGACUGCAGAGAAACUGGGGAAGACACCAGCUCAAGUGGCCCUUCGGUGGGGAUUGCAAUCAGGUCAUAGUGUGCUGCCAAAGAGUAAUACUGAGUCCAGGAUCAAGGAAAACUUUGAUGUCUUUGACUGGUCUAUUCCAGAAGAGCUAAUGGCCAAGUUCUCUGAAAUUAAGCAGGAUAGGCUAAUUAAGGGCACAUUUUUUGUUGAUGAUAACUACGGUGCCUAUAAGACCGUUGAAGAGCUCUGGGAUGGUGAAGUCUGAGAAAUGUCCACCACUGAGAUGUUGACAAUUAAACUGUUCCUCAAGCAGAUUGGUUCUUCCUUUUCACUUGUUAACAUCCUAAAGCCACCAUUUAUAGUGAUUUAAGGGUGUUUGUGAUAUUUAGAAGUGUUAUUGUUCAUAAGAACACAUAAUAAGUACCCAAGUCUUAGUUUUCAUUUAUGAUUAUUGUAUCUUUUAUUUGAUAUAAGAAAGCUUAGUGCUGGGAAUUUGACUAGUGGCUAAAUAAAUUUCUAUGUUCAAUGUCAA